GUCUCCUCAUGCCACCUCAGAUCCGCUACGGCAGGGCAGCUGCAUACAUGUAUGUGGCUGUGGCAUUCACGCGUCUGCCGCGGAAGAGUCUAGGAGCGGCAGGCUGAGCGUCCGCGCUUUCUCGAAUCUUCUCUCGUUGUCCUCGUCAUCCCCAGCAGCACCAGUCCUCGGCAUCUUGUGGAGUUUGUCGUCGAAGAGAAGAGUCAGACGGCGCCGAAUCGCGUCCCACGACUGCGCAGCUCACAUUGUUGUUGUUUUCUUGUUGCAGGAGUGGGAGUACCUGUAGUAGACGAAGACGAAGACGAAGCAGAAGAGGAAGAAGGAGAAGCCACGUGACUCUCCUCGAACAACACAGAACGGCACAGAACCGCAUUACGUCACCGUCAUCCAUCUUUGUCUACAUCGGACGUGCGGCGUGUGCUGUGUUGUGCGCGUGUGGGAGGUAUUGCUGAUGCUUGCUGAUGCUGGCUGAGCUGGCUGUGCUUCAUCACACGAGACACUCCACGACGACGACACCACCACCGGACCUGCUUGUCUGCUGCCUGCCUGCUCGCCCACCUACUUGCCGCUUGUCCGCAACAUCGCCAUCACUCCUCUACCUGCUCCUCCUCCUCCUCCUCCCUCCUCCCUCCUACCUCCCAUCCGACUACCGCUCUCUCACCUCGCCUGCCGACCGACCGACCUGCCUACCUACUCACUCGACAUACGACACACGAAUCAUCCGAGUCGCCGCUAUCUCGGCCCCCGCGUAAAAGUGCAACAUCAUCUCGCACUGCCCACUUCCGGGCUAAGCGAGCAUCAACACUACGAGCAUACUAGUGCCCCCACCUGAGAGCCCCGAGCAUUGAUACAUCACCUUCAACGUACGGAGCCCUGCUCCUUUCACGCCACCUCAUCCUUUCUCCUCUACCCUCCACCAAAACUAUGUCUGCCAACCAGCAGCAGCCGUCGCAUGAGCGCGAGGUCGUGUUUUGCCAUCAGUGCGAGAAUGAGUGGUACCGUGAUGAGCAUGGCUUAGUGUGUCCCGAGUGUCAAGGCGAUUUCGUGGAAGUCGUUGAAGCAAACAACGAUCCUCGCGAAGAGGUACCCGAUGCGACCGAUUUUGGCGCCUUCGCGCCAGAUCCCAGCGAAGAUGAUAUCGACAACUUUCAGUGGCGGGGUCAUGGGCCUGGGCAGCCUCCUGGAGGACACUUUCACGGCUCUAUGCAUCGAAAUAUUAUAUUGCAGCCUGGCCAGACUGCAGGCCAAGGAGGUUCUGGCAUCAUGGGAUUGAUAGGGCAGGCUUUGGGACCAGCCUUGCAAGGCAUUCUUGGUGGGCAACAACCGCAAGCAGGCCAGCAGAGGACGCCAGGACAAGAGGAUCGGCCAGAAACGAUGCCGCAGUCCUCUCAGCAAGCUCAGUCAGACGGGGGCGGCACCACCACUCGUCACGGUGCGGGACCUGGAUUCUCCUACACAAUCACUACGUCGACCCGCUCCAACUUCGGCCCACGAGAUGCGAAUCAACCACAACUCUUCACAAACCAACCGGAACAUAUUGAUCGAAUGAUGGCUCAGAUGUUCAUGAACAUUGGCGCAAUGCCAGCAGCUCAUGGGCCCGGUCAUCAUCAUGGUGGCACCUUCGUCUUUGGCAUGCCUCCAGGUCCUGCUGCUCAGCCGGCAGAAGGCGGAGACGGCAUCCCGGGAGCACCAUUGGGCUUUGGCAACAUUUUCCAGAUGCUCGGCCUGGGCUUGCCCGCUGGGGGCGUGAUGGGCGACCAUGUUUACACGCAAGAGGGCUUUGAUCGCAUCAUGACGCAGUUGAUGCAGCAGCAUCAAGCUGGCAAUGCGCCCCCACCAGCUUCCGAAGAGGCGAUAGAGGCACUGCCCAAGAGAGCCAUCACGGAGAAGGACUUCGGCGAUAGUGGCAAGGCGGACUGCAGUAUUUGCAUGGACGAGGCUGAGCUCGGCUCUGAGGUCACCGAAUUGCCUUGCCAUCAUUGGUUUCAUUUCGACUGCAUCAAGGCUUGGCUGAAGGAGCACGAUACCUGCCCUCACUGCCGACAAGGAAUCACGCCGAAGGAAGGCGAACAGUCCACAAAUCGCCCACGCCAGCCCGGUCAAGCACCUCUGCAUGACAUGCACAGUCCCGAGUAUCAGCGGUCCCGCGUGCCAGGUGAGUACCCCUUCCCGAGUCAGAAUGCUUCUGGCGCUGGAGGAAGUGGGCGUGGCACGCCCGACAAUGGUGAAGAGAGGCGCAGCGCCAGCCCGCGAGCGGAGCGCGGCGGCAUGUUCUCUCGCAUGCGAGAAGCCUUCUCGCCGCGUGAGAGUUCCAGCAGUGGUGGACCGAGUGACACUGGAAGGGAACGCAAGUAACUUGAUCGAUGACCUCGCACGGAUGUGUAGCGAAUUGGACAACAGCAGCGGAAUCAUUCCGCUUCUUUCUUUUGCAUUAUGAUGGCUUACGCUUUCUUGUACUAUAGAUGACAGCGUUCUGCAAGCGACGAGCGAUGGGACUGGCACGAGACGCCAGCGAUUUACGGCCCUUUUCAACAGGAUGACGCAGAAUACGCGUCCACGCAAUAGAGCAGCCACUGAAUAUGAAUAUCGAAUUUACGAUUGGAACGACAGGAACACUGCCCUCCGCGAUGGUCAACCAGGAGUGUGGUCAUCACCUCACUUGUCAUUUCGCGGAGCAGUUCGUUCGGACCUCUGCGCUAUGGCUCGGGCCCUCCGGCUUCGCAAUCCUUAUUGCGAACGGCAUCAUAGGCAGCCUCCAGCAUUGGCACGCGGGCGAGUAACCUGUAGGAUACUACAAGGAAGGGAUGGCAGCAGAGUGGUUCUCGCUACGAUCAGACCUCGCUCACUCCAUGGGGCUGAAAGACGAUUAUUCCGCAGGUUCGACGCAAGAUCCUCGGCUGAGACCCCAGACACUGGUCCUUGGCGAUCGAUUGCCCAAACAAAUAGCAACCAUACCGGUGCCCAUGAGGGCCCUGCUUCUGCUGGCAGUUCUGAUGAUCCUGCCGAGGACCAAGAGUCUGUGUCUAUUGUCGAAGAUGGAUAUGUAGAGUACGGACCAGAAGGAUACUCCGGAGGCGCAUUUCAGAUGACAGUAUCUGACGAAGAGAGCGAAAGAGCAGCUGGCAGUCUGGAAGCAUCAGCUUCACUGGACCCACUCGAGCGGGGAACACUUGUUGGUCAACCUGAUGUUGUAUUCCAUGAAGCCGAAAGCUCUCUCGCAAGUCGAUCCAUGCGUCGACUAUGGAUCCACAGACGACGACCUUUUUGGCUCCGGAGAAACAGGAUGGAAGAUGAUGCUGUUCGUUGAAACGUCUGUGAUGUGACAGACGGAUGUCGGAUGGUUGACCCCUCAGCAAGGAGGAUGGAUACCUGAGCUCACUAUCAAUUGACUGUUGACAAAAUGUAAUGGAAUCCGGCAUCAGAUUAGCCAGCGGGUGUAGUUGACCUCGGUCCUAGGGUAGCAGUCCGAGUUGGUUGGUUGGUUGGUUGGUAUAUAUAAAAGGUAUUACCUAGGUACAUGUAAUGAAUGGAAGAAGG